AUGUCGAAGGCCGAUCAACUGAUUAUGGAACGGCGGCUACGGCCCAUUUAUGACGCCAUUGAUGCUGGAAAUGCUAAGAAAGCUGUGCAGGAAGCGGAUAAAGUGCUCAAGAAGCAUCCGAUCACUACAUGCGCCAAGGUUCUCAAAGCAUUGGCAUUGAUUCGUUCUGAUAAGCUCGCAGAGGGCUUUGAAAUAAUAAAUUCAUUAGACGUCCCUGGUGCACAAUUCGAUGAUGGCACUCUACAGGCAUUUGUGCAUUGCUUUAAGGAGUUUCCAAGGAAAAUCAUGAUGUGA